AUGACACAGAGGAGGAGAGAGAGAGAGAGAGAGAGAGAGAGAGAGAGAGAGAGAAACAUACAGGGGCAGAGAGGGGAGGGGGUGAAGGGGGUUGGGUUUGGUGAGAGAGAGAGGGGGGUGGGCAGCAGAGAAGGCGGGUGGGUUUGGUUCAGAGGCCAGGGGCGUCGUGGGAACUGGGCGGGACGGCUGGUGCGGCUUGGGGAUGUUGUUGGGUAG